GCAGAUACCGACGGAACUAAGCAAAUAGCGUUUAUUUCUCUAUAUUAGUUGAGAACUUGACAGCUUAGUUUACUUUCAACGGACAGCCUGUCGUUAAAAUGUACCCGUGCUACCUGGAAUACACAUUUACUAACGACUGUGAUAAGUAGCCACUUAACGUUACUUUGCUACCUCAUUUGCUAGCUAACCUAGCAGUAGCUGAUUAAAGCUAGUGCUGCCUUCAUGGACUAUUCCAAAAAACUGUAAUUAUGAAUGUAGCUGUGCUAAUGGGUGAAUAUUUGACCUUGGAUAUAAUAACGCUACUUUGACUCAAGCUUCAUAACUUCAUGGUCCACUUUUUUUCCGAAACUACCUUUUAGAAUUGGACGUUACUUACUUCGAAGACUUGGCAAGACUUUCCCACAAAACCUGAGCCGAAUUGUUUCUGGAGGUGUGUAUUUUACAAUUUUUUUGGAUGAAAAAACAGCAGCACCCAUCAACAACUGACUGCAUCGCGAGGGCAAUUGUGGUCUUAUUGGUUGUGACGCGUAGUUUGGAUUUAAGAGUUUACGAGGAAUACAUGAAGGCACCACAUCCUGUCCCUCAAAAUUAGCUGGCUAGCAUUAGCUGCAGUUGCCGGUCGGAGUCAACCCGCAGCAUCAGCACCACCCGUACACCGUGACAUAAACGGGCACCAGCUUAGUUUAAUGUACGAGACGACGGGGAAGAACAUCUCCAACACCAGAUAAAAAAUGAGCCACUUCUGCUCGGACAACAACAACUUUCCCAAUGACAAUAACGUCCUUGUACUGGACAUGGUGCUUGGCUCUCUGUGGGGUGUGCCCCAGCCCAUAAACUGGGACAACAUAGCCAAGCUAGUUCCCGGAUUCACUCCCAAGGAGUGUGCCCGUCGAUUUGAGAAGCUGAAGAGCGCCGUGGGUUUUCCUCAUGUGGACAACCAAUGUAACGCCGUGACAGAAGAGACCACCUUGCCUACGGACGGCCUGGCCGCGCUGCUGGACACUGGGGAGGUGGUGGAGACAGGAGGCAGCCAUAGCAGCAGUCAGGUUACAGCGGGCUCCAAAUCGGCGCCCACAGGAAGGGUUGGUGCUGUGGAGAAGAAAGAGAGAAGAGUUUCAGCAGCAGACGAGGAUGACAAACCUCAGAAGCUUCGAGAUCCCAACAUGGUCAUCCAUGUGUGCGACGAGACUAAGAACCUGAAGCAGGACUUCACUUGUCCCAGACAUCUCCUGGUCAAAGAGAUGCGUUACUUUGCAGAGUACUUGUCUGUGGACCUCCAGAGGUGGGAGGAGGUGGACAUCUCCGUCCACUGUGACGUGCAGAUCUUUGACUGGCUCAUGAACUACGUCAGGAGGAACUCCGCAGGGGAGGGGAACAAAGACAAACCCCGCCUCGAGCCCAGCAAUGUGAUCUCAAUCCUCAUCUCCUCCGAGUUCUUGAAGAUGGAUACGUUAGUGGAGGAGUGCAUCCAGUACUGCCACAAACACAUGAGCGCCAUCGUGGCCACACCCUGCAACAUGAACUGCAUCAACAGCAACUUGGCAACGCGCAUUGCUGAGCUCUUUAGCCACAACGAGGCCGACGACAUCAGGGACAAAAAAGACAAGUUCAAGAGCAAAUUGUUUCAGAAGAAAAUUGAGCGUCUCUUCGAUCCCGACUACCAGGGCAGAGAUUCACCGGGAAACGCCUCGACCCUCUACAGGUGUGGUCUGUGCCUCAAGCUGCUGACCAAAGACACGGAGAGGAAGAUCUCUUGCGUUCCAGGGAAAAUCAACAUCGAUGCUCGUGGAGAGAUCGUGUAUUCGCACACUAAACAGAAGAGCUGGGAUGUUCACGAAUACAUCCCCGGCCUGUAUGAGGAGCUCAAGUCCUGGGUCCUGGUCUACUGGAGAAUCUGGGGUACCAUCAACUACCUGACCUGCUCCCGAUGCCAGCAGCUGUUUGUGUGUGCAGAGCUGACCCAUUGCAAGUACCACCCAGACAGUGUGCUGUACUCUGGCAUGGGUACUGAGAAAGGCUGGCAUGGUGCAGGAAUUCACCCUUGCUGCAACCAGAGGGUUCUCCGAUUUGACCCGUCCGGUAUGCCCAAGGGCUGUAAGAUGCGCGACCACAUCGUGAACGUCUCCGAUGAUGAGACCUGCGACGAGGCGACCUCAGUCCAGACCGGAGUCCUCAAUGACCUGCUGCUGCACAGAGACGCAGUGUGUUUGUCACACACGCCGCCGGCAGAGGGUUCUGACGACAGUCCAUCCAGUGCAGAAAAGGUUCAGGACUGCGAGGUCCUCUUGGAGCCAACACUGGUGGGACCCCCGAGAGGAGACGGCAGCACCUUUUCCCUCCUCAAAAACUGGAGUCUGCAACUGAGGCAGCAGACUCUCCUGUCAGAGGAUGAGGAGUACACCACGGGGUCAGAGGUCACUGAGGAUGAGGUAGGGGACGAAGAGGAGCUGUCCAAGAAACAAGCUGCUAAGAAGGCCAAGAAGGCCCACAGACCUCUGAGAAAACAAAUGUCCACUCCAAACUUCCAGCGCAAAGACAAAGCAGAGAAAACACUGUCCAGGGACAACACACCUUUCACAGUGAGUGUCCAGAGAAAUAAGUGGGACAGUUCUCGCUCCAUGCGAUACAACCAGGAUGCUCAGAGGGAAGAAGACCAGCGUCGUAUGGUGGAGAUCAUCGGCUACCUGACGAAGAUGAGGUUUGGAGAGCAGGAGCAGAGCAAAUCAAAGGACACUAAAGAGACGGGGGGUAUCUACUCCAGACUGGAAGCGCAAUUUAAGAGUAGCGCUCAAGCCAGACAGAGUUCAGAGAAGACACCCAGAUCUAAAAUACGCUUCGCUCAGAUCCGGACAACUUAAAGGACCCGAUGGGGGAAAGGCUGCCGAGCUGUCUCAGAGACGGGCAUGAAACGUGACAGAGCUCACGAAGACGAGGAAGAGGAAGAGGCGAGAUCCUUUCGCCAGGGCUCAGUGCAACACAAUAGCAUCGAUGGUCUUCUGUGGAUGCUGCGGUUUUGGUUGGUUCUGGUAGAUCUGUAGGUCCAGUUCCCCUCUGUAUAGGCGCGUGACUGCACCGUCCAUACACAGGGACCAAUAAAGCUUCAGCGCUUACGCGUAUGUUCCACUGGGUGGCAGUGUUUCACCUUGUGACUGCAAACUGUAAGCCGACCCCUUCUCCAACUUGGAUGUCGAAGAAUUCAACCAGGGUGGAAUACAAAAUAAAAAAAAGCUAAUUAUACUCCUU